AUGUCGUCGUUCGAGCUUCGCACAACGCUUCCAUGCAAUCAAACGGCAUGGGAGGCCACUUCGGCAGAGGAGUGGUGGAAAUAUGCCAGGAAGGAUCCUCAGGUUCCCUAUCUGUCGGUCCUAAAAGCGUAUAUGACUCCAGACUCUGACACGCAGCUGCCUCAACUGAAUGCACUAUCGCGCCUCCUUGUCCUUCACGGACUCAUGUCGGUCCAGUGGGACCUGAAACGUAGAGACCAGACUGCUCUGGGCGUAGUCAGCCUGAGUCAGUCCGCCGACGAGACGCGAUGGCAAGAUCGGCUUGCGCAGUCCUUUGACGCCUGGAAAGCCGACUUUGAUUCGUAUUGCAUGAACAUGUCUCUUUCCUUGAGCGACAGUCCGGAGAGGAAAGCCGAGUUCACCCGCUUCAGCACCGCCACAAUCGCCAUCUACCACGCCGCCCACAUCACCCUCAACGUCGAGAUCCUCGACCUCCAGAUCUAUGCCGGCGCCAACCAUAUCCUCGGUCUGCCAGUCACCCGCACCGACUAUGAACGAUCGCGCCGCGUGGUGAAGGACUGGGCUAAACCGGCAGGGUCGACACCCGCGGCCAUGGCGGCCUGGCACGCCGCGAAUCUGCUGCGAGAAGGAAUUAUGAACCUCGACAAUUGGGACGCCAGUGACACAUUUCAUUAUCCCUGGUGCUUGUACCUGUCGACACUGACGUGCUGGGCCUUCCACUACGCCAAUACAGUCGACAUAUCGCCACUCGGGCCGUCAAGCUCAGCCGAUAAUCCUACUGGCUGUGGCACUGGUAGGAAUGAACCGAGAGUGCAUCCUCGUCCGGACGAUGACAUGGUUGACUACGGCAACGUCUGGCACGCCAAGGCCGAAAUGAAUGCGCUGGUCAGCAGUAUGACGAGCGCGGGGCCCCAGAACAUCUGGCGUGCACUGGGAAAGUAUCCUACGUCGGGUCUCACGGCGGUGGUCGCAAAGCAUCUGAGUAACAUUCGCUGGGCGGUCGUACACGAAGCGAUGAAGGUACUCAGAGGCCUGAUACAAGGGCGGGGCACGAUCAACGAGUACGAGGCGAUUCUGAAGUAG